UUCAUCUAAAUCUUCAAUGCUUUCAUCAUUCAUUAUUUAUUAGUAAUCGUUUUCUUCUUUAGGCUAAAUAUAAUUUAUUUUUAAUUUUUCCGAGUUUAAUUAAUUCAUUGCUUUUGUAAUGUGUUUAAAUAAAUUUCUUUCCAUUACUUAUUCUAAGUAUUCAGUAUCGUUUUCACUUAUAGCUUGUAAUGUAUUAGUGUAUAUUUAAGAAAAUUAUGAGUACAUUCCUUAUCCUAAAAAAGUUUCAGAUUAGGUAAUUGGAAUUAAAUUAUUUAAAAAUAAUUGAUUAUUCAGACUAUAGGAAAGGCCUUUGA